AUGUUCUCACAGCUACACGUUGUCAGUAACAAGAAGGAUUCCGUGAACAUUACCUGUGACACAGACUUCCCGGGUCAGGUGACCUGGAAGCAGAAGUCGGAUGGCGUGGAGAUGACGCUGAUAGGCUCCAAAUACAUUCACAUGACUGGACGGACCCUGCAGCUGCACUCCCUGGACAUGCCCAACGCCGGAGAGUACAGCUGCUGGGGGGAGGGCCGCAAGCAGAACAGCACCUACCUGCUCCUGAAGCAGACGGAUGAAGAUGACUAUGUGGAUGACGAGGAUGAUGAUGAUGAUGACGAUACCAAGAAGAGCGACUCCUUUUCCUGCUCCACUCAGACGUACGGCUGUUCCAUCACCUGCCAUUUGACUGCAUCCAGCUUCACUGCAGCCAGACUGAGCUACCAUAGUGAUAGGCAGGCCCACCGUGAGUGUAAUGGCAGUAGGGCACAGGACCGUUUCCAGUUCACCCUGCCCCUCUCCAACUCCCCGUAUGCUGAAGAGGCCUCCCCCCUGGAGGUCACAGUGGAGGCUCUGAACAGCAAGCUGUACCUGAAAAAGACCAUCCACUUUUACCUGCGUGAUAUCGUCCAGCCCGACCCGCCCCAGGCGGUGAUGUGUGAGAAGACUGGAAAGACCCUCACAGUGACGGUCCAGCCCGCCGAAAGUUGGGCACAACCAAUCAGCUACUUCCCCCUGGAGCAUGAGAUUCAGUUCAAGAACAAGGACAAUGGCAAGGCGGAACAUGCGGCUGAUGGCGUGAUCAAGACCAAGGAGAAAGUUAGCGAGCUCCGUGCGCGUUCCCGCGACCCUCUCAUCCCCUCUGCCUGGAGCAAGUGGAGCCCCUGGAAAAAUGUAACCAACUGA